GCCCCUGUGGGCUCUGCCUCCUCCCGGUCUCCCUCUUGCGGAGUACACCGGCUUUUCCCGCCUGCCAGAGCUGGGGCCCCUCCCGAGAGCUAGCCUUAGGGGCGGGGUGGGGGCGAGCUCCUAGCGGAACUGUGGCGCCCUCCGAGGCGUCGAGUCACCUUUCCGUCGGUUCCUCCCGGUGCGCUCGGCGGUCGUGCAGGGUCUUUGCCGCGCACUGACUCCGGACGUCGGACCUCGGACCUCGGACCUCGCGGCAUCGGCUUCCCUGGCCUUAGCGCGUCCGCCACAGUGCCCUGCUUCUUCGGGACCAGAAGACCUAGCAUUCCAGAAUACUGCUUUUGGCAGGGUUGGCCCUAGACCUUGCAACUUUGGGAGCUCUCCUUGUCUGGUAUCUUUGAAGAAAGAAGAGGAGAAGAAAAGGUAGAAUAAGUCAUGUCGGAGAUACUUGAUCUCUCUUUUCUGUCUGAGGUGGAAAGGGAUCUGAUCAUCAGUGUUCUAAAGCGAGAUGAGGAGCUCCGGAAAGCAGAUGAGAAAAGGAUUAGGCGACUGAAGAAUGAAUUGCUGGAAAUAAAAAGGAAAGGGGCCAAGAGAGGCAGCCAACACUACAGUGAUCGGACUUGUGCCCGGUGCCAGGAGAGCCUGGGUCGUUUGACGCCUAAAGCCAACACUUGUCAUGGCUGUAAUCACCUGGUGUGUCUGGACUGCUGCAUCCAGGAAAGCAAUGGUACCUGGAGGUGCAAGGUGUGCGCCAAGGAAAUAGAGCUGAAGAAGGCAACUGGAGACUGGUUUUAUGACCAGAAGGUGAAUCGCUUUGCUUACCACACAGGCAGUGAGAUAAUCAGGAUGUCCCUGCGACGCAAACCUGCAGUGAAUAAAAGAGAGACAGUGGGACAGUCCCUCCUUCAUCAGUCACAGAUUGGAGAUAUCUGGCCAGGAAGAAAGAUCCUUCAGGAACAACGUAAGGAGCCCGGUGUGCCAUUCGAAGUGCCAAAGCUGAAAAGUGGAAAGAGUGCACUGGAGGCUGAGAGUGAGAGCCUGGAUAGCUACACAGCUGACUCAGAUAGCACCUCCAGGAGAGACUCUCUGGAUAAAUCUGGCCUCUUUCCAGAAUGGAAGAAAAUGUCUGCCCCCAAAUCUCAAGUUGGAAAGGAAACGCAGCCUGUGGGUCAAAAUGUGGUAUCUGUCGAUGAGGGUGAAAUGAUAUUUAAGAAGAACACCAGAAAAAUCUUGAGGCCUUCAGAACACACUAAAUCGGUGAUAGAUCUUCAUCCCGAAGAUGUGGGGCAUGGAAGUGGCUCUUUGGGAGAUAGGAGCAAAUCUGUCCCAGGCCUGAGUAUGGAUAUGGAAGAGGAAGAAGAAGAAGAAGACAUUGACCACCUGGUGAAGUUGCAUCGUCAGAAGCUAGCCAGAAGCAGCCUGCGAAGUGGCUCCUCCAUGAGUACAAUUGGCAGCAUGAUGAGCAUCUAUAGUGAAGCUGGUGAUUUCGGGAACAUCUUUGUGACUGGCAAGAUUGGCUUUUCCCUGAAGUAUGAGCAACAAACACAGACUCUGGUUAUCCAUGUGAAGGAGUGCCAUGAGCUGGCCUAUGCUGAUGAAGCUAAGAAGCGCUCUAACCCGUAUGUGAAGACUUAUCUUCUGCCUGACAAGUCCCGCCAAGGAAAAAGAAAAACUGGCAUCAAGCGGGACACCAUCAAUCCACUGUAUGAUGAAAUCCUCAGGUAUGAGAUCCCAGAAUCUCUCCUGGCACAGAGGACCUUGCAGUUCUCAGUUUGGCAUCAUGGUCGUUUUGGAAGAAACAUUUUCCUUGGAGAGGCAGAGGUCCAGAUGGAUUCCUGGAAGCUUGAUAAGAAACUGGAUCAUUGCCUCCCUUUACAUGGAAAGAUCAGUGCCGAGUCCCUGACUGGCUUGCCACCACACAAGGGCGAGUUGGUGGUUUCAUUGAAAUACAUCCCAGCCUCCAAACUCCCUGUUGGAGGUGACCGGAAAAAGAGUAAAGGUGGGGAAGGGGGAGAACUCAAGGUGUGGAUCAAAGAAGCCAAGAACCUGACGGCUGCCAAAUCAGGAGGGACUUCAGACAGCUUUGUCAAGGGAUACCUCCUUCCCAUGAGGAACAAGGCCAGUAAGCGUAAAACUCCUGUGAUGAAGAAGACCCUGAAUCCCCACUACAACCAUACAUUUGUCUACAAUGGUGUGAGGCUGGAAGAUCUACAACACAUGUGCCUGGAACUGACUGUGUGGGACCGGGAGCCCCUGGCCAGCAAUGACUUCCUGGGAGGGGUCAGGCUGGGUGUUGGCACUGGGAUCAGUAAUGGGGAAGUGGUGGACUGGAUGGACUCGACUGGGGAAGAAGUGAGCCUGUGGCAGAAGAUGCGACAGUACCCAGGGUCUUGGGCGGAAGGGACUCUGCAGCUCCGUUCCUCGAUGGCCAAGCAGAAAUUGGGCUUCUGAGUCCCUGUCCUCUGCAGGCCCAGCCCUGGCCAGGGCAAGUCAGAAGAAGCGAAGAAACCAAGACCAAAGAUUUAUAAUUUAAAGUGUGUGUGUGUGUUGUGUAUGUGUGUGUACCAACAUGUAUUUCUAUAAAUCUUAUGCUAGAGCGAGGCAGACUUGUUCCCCCUUUUAAAGCAGGCUCAAGAAAAAGGGUCUCUUCAAAAUGUUUUUAUUUGUGCAUAAUGUGGUAUAUUUUCAGUGUCCAUUCUUUCUUAUAUCUUUAUGAGAUUUAACUUUUAACCAAUCCUUUUAAAACUACUUUUUAUCUUCUCUCUUGCUGUCCCUGUACCCAGUUCCCCAGGAAACCCUGGCUACCUUUGGCAUUAGUACCAAUUUGUGUUUCGUGUGCCUGAUCUGAGGAUAUGAGAGAGAGAAAAGUAUGUCCUCUUUUAUCUAGCUCUCUGAUUUAUGCUUGUAACUCAUUUUAUGCAUUGAUAAAUUUCUGGAACUUGGCUUUUAACUUUUCUUGUUUUUAAGUGGUAUCCACCUUGCUCGGGUCUGAUGAUUUCCUUUCAGAUUUCUGAGAAAAGCCCUCAGCUCCUUCAAGUUCUAGACACUUUUUCUAGACUUUUGGAGGAUCCUUAUAAUAGAGCUGCUUUAGAAAAGCAUUUUAUUUAGAUAAUGGCCUUUGACUGAGUCAUGAACAUGGCCAGAAAGACCUUCUAGCAGAUCCCAGAGUGCUGUGAAUGAGGGUGAAGUAUCUCACAGCCCAUGCUGAAUUUUCUGCAUUUUAAAUGGAUAUACAGCAUUUUUCUAGAGAGGUCCAUGUUUCUCUAGUGAAAGAUGAGACAUCUUCACUUUCAUUUACCAUAUUUUUCUUAGUAUUUGUUUCUGGAGUAUGUUACCAUACAGAAUAUGGUCUACAUACAGAAGAGCCGAGUAUCAUCUAAACUGGUCCAUGUUUCUCCAGGUUGGGGAUUGUUAACGCUCCAAGAUAAUGUGUAUACAGAAUCUCCCAGUUAUUCUGACUUCCUUCUCGAAGUGGUUUCAGUUCCUAUUGUUUCCUAAACUUGACUAGAUGUAGCAUGGGUGUGUUGGUCUGAGGCUUUUCUAAGAAGGGUCUGGUGAUCUUAAGGUUCACUUUCUGAUACUCACUAUUCCAAACUCACCUUUUUAUUCUUACAAGUGUAUCUAUACAAAGUUGUUUGUGAAAGGCAUCUGUAACAGGGAGGAAAUCCUUUUCACUGGGGCCAGCUUCUAACAGCCUUUCCUAUAAGGCCACUGGAUUGAGGGUGAGCUGUGGUGGGGUCAAUUGUAUGUGUGAACUGAAUGGAGGAAUUUUUUUUUAAAAAAGGAUUACUUGGUAUGGAUUGAUAAUGUAAUGGAAGUCAUAACUUGGGAUCCUGGGCUAUUACUUGCUUUUUUGUUUUCUACCUCCUGAAAUGUAUGUGUGCUUCAAUAAAGCUUUCUCACUUGUUGAGUGUUUGCA